AUGCACGACAAGGACAAGCACAACACCAAAGGGAAUGGGAAGGGAAACUACUGGACCUUGGAUCCCAACUGUGAGAAGAUGUUUGACAACGGGAACUUCCGUCGCAAACGCAAGCGGCGCUCUGAGCCCAACGCCCCUGCGACCGCCUCUGCGGCCUCCUCUCUAGGGGGCCUGAAGGCUGAGGAAGAGCGACCCAUCCCAGCCGCAGGCAAACCCUGUGGAAACAGCCCACCCCCAGAGCUAGACCCCUCGCCUUCUGCCAGGGACCAUCCAAAAAGCUCCUCUCCCUCCGGUAUCAUUUCAUCCACACCUAGCUGCCUCAGCACCUUCUUCAGCGGCAUGAGCUCCCUGAGCAGCGGAGGCAGCCGGCUGACGGGGGGUCUCGGCAGUGACCUGCAUCACAGGAACUUCUCUGCUGGACAGCUGAGCAGUGGCACUUUCACCUCUUCCAGCAGCAAUUCUCAGGAGGUGCCUUCGCCAGACCAGCUGCAGCGGGUUGCGGGACCUUCCCCCGCCUACUACAGCUCCUUCCAUCCCAGCAGCAGCAGCCAGGGAGCCCAGUACAACCACUACUACAACUUCACGGUUAACAGCCUCAUCUACACCCGGGAUGGAACGGAGGUGUAGGAUGCUGGGGUAGUCAGCCGGCGAGCGCUGCAAAGGGAAUGGGAGUUGCAGGUGUAUCUGGCAGUACGGAGGACCAUAUGCUUUUGCAAACAGCAUUUCAAUGUGGACACUUCCCAGGAGUUCUUCCAGGAAGACAGAUCUUCUCACCUUUCAAAAUAAGAACACACCAGCAGAAGGCAGAUGCAAAGUCUUUUCCUCAUCCUGGAAAAUGUUAGGUGGUUUAGAUGGCUUGCCAUAUAAAUUCUGCAGGCGAAAGCAAACUCAAUUAAUAUUUUCAGAGGUUUCUAAUCCUGAAUGUAGAAUAAGGAGUUUAAAAACUAUAACCAUAAAGCGGUAUCAGCAGGAGCCAAGUGUAGACAUCCAGUGAGUCUUAGAAGAGAACAGGAAAAAUAAAUGAAGAGAUUUCUUAUGAAGUGCCUUGUACAAUGUAUUAAAAAAAUACUCUUCUGCCAGCAAUUGCCUCUGUAAUCCACCUUCUUUCUGCCCUGAUCCUGCAAUAUGCAAUGCACGGGGGGGAUACUCGGGGUAAACACCCACCCAGAACCUCCUCAAAACCCACAGAGGUUCAUCUGGUCUUCCUGUGUUUGGCAUAUUGUACAGCCAGGGCCGUGUCUUGUAAAACAAUCUUUUUCCCUGAGCUUAGUACCAAAGAUAACUCUAGCCAUGCAGCUUUAGCACGAGAAUAAACACUGGGGUAUUUUUAUACAUAUUUGUACGUAAUGUAACUCUUCUGUACAUAUGUUUCUAUGUGGUUUUAUAUUUGUAAAUUAUGCUCUGGAGCUGUACUUAUUUAUAAUGUGUUUUAAACUUUGUUAAAGUUUAUUUUACUUCGUUUCCCCUUCUUUUUGUUGUUUUGGGGUUUUUUUUUGUUUUGAAUUUUUGGUUGGUUUUGUUUUUGUUCAUUAGUGUAUUAAUGAAACUUUUCAGGCUGAACAGCUGUUGGGAAUAAAAUGCUAACA